AUGCACGCACUGCAGGUCAAGUACGUGAAGGGCAUUGAUCUGUCGCCUGCAGAGGUCAAGGAGGCGCAGCGGCGGUACCAGGAGAUGAAGGGCCGGGGAGCCCUGGCGAUUGAAUGCGAGUUUGAGCAGUGCGAGCACCUGGGGGACCGCCACAUGCCAGAGUUCUCCCCAUUUGAUGUAGUGACGUGCAUGUUUGCGGUGCACUACUUUUUUGCCGAGGAGGGGACGCUGGCGACCUUCCUGUCCAACGUGCGGGACUCGCUGAAGGACGGUGGGUGA